GACGGAGGAAAUAAGCCUAAUCAGACUCCCGGUCUCGUCAUCGACCCGGGUUUCGUCGUCUCCUUCGUCAGGACACAAAAACCCUAAACCACUACUUGAACCAGCCAAACUGGCCGUCCAGACCUUGCCCUACCAUCAUGUCCCCAUAGUACGAUGCCUUCUGGAUUGAGGCCGGGACUAGUAAUUCUGCUGAGAACUGCAAGUUCAGCGGUGAAAUUUCGUAGUCGCAGCACGCACAGCGGUCUCCCUUACCUAUUCCGUUUUGCGAUAUCAUCAAAUGCCGGAGAUUUUGGACAACGUUGCUCAGCUGGUGAGAGCCGGGGGUUUUGUGGAUACGCCGCGGAGCAGUACUCAGAUGACGAGUACGAGUGUGACUUCGAAAACCAGAAGCCAUCUUCUUCAGUUGCCAACAUAGAUGAGUGGAGGUGGAAACUAAGCAUGCUUUUACGUAAUCCUGAAGAGCAAGAAAUUGUUUCCAGAGAUAAACGAGAUCGCCGUGACUAUGAACAAAUCUCUAACCUUGCAAAAAGGAUGGGGCUCUAUAGUGAAUUAUAUGGGAAGAUGGUUGUUGCCAGCAAAGUUCCUCUUCCUAAUUAUAGACCUGAUCUUGAUGACAAACGGCCACAAAGAGAGGUUGUGAUUCCUCUCAGUUUACAAAGACGAGUUGAGGGUUUAUUGCAGGAACACAUUGAUAGAAUUGAACUAGCAUCUUCUUGCAAAUAUAGUCAAAUGUUGGAAGGAACAUCUUCUACUGUAGAUACCAAAGAAGCUGUUGAUGAAAAACAAGAUACUUUAGUUGAUGACAUACUUAUGGAAAAGAUUCUUCAGAGGAGGAGUUGGCGUAUGCGUAACCUGCAACGGAGUUGGCAGGAGUCUCCCGAGGGCAUUAAAAUGCUCAAUUCCAGAAGAUCUCUUCCUGCAUACAUGGAAAAGGAGAGUCUUUUGUCUGCGAUUGCUCGGAAUCAGGUUACUAUAAUUUCUGGGGAGACAGGGUGUGGUAAAACAACACAACUUCCUCAGUAUGUAUUAGAAUCUGAGAUAGAAUCUGGUCGAGGAGCAUUUUGCAAUAUCAUCUGUACCCAACCUCGUAGAAUAUCUGCUAUGACUGUGGCAGAAAGGGUUUCUACUGAAAGGGGGGAGAAUCUUGGUGAAACAGUUGGUUACAAAGUUCGAUUAGAAGGUAUGAAAGGAAAAAACACACAUCUGCUUUUUUGUACCAGUGGCAUUUUACUGAGAAGAUUGUUGGUGGAUCGCAAUUUGAAUGGUGUAACCCAUGUUUUUGUUGAUGAAAUUCAUGAAAGAGGCAUGAAUGAAGAUUUCUUGUUGAUUGUGUUGAAAGAUCUUCUUCCCCGUCGUCGUGAUUUAAGGUUGAUUUUAAUGAGUGCUACAUUGAAUGCUGAAAUGUUUUCAAAUUACUUUGGUGGAGCUCCUACAAUUCAUAUUCCAGGUUUUACAUAUCCGGUUAGAGCACUCUUUCUUGAAGACAUUUUGGAAAAAACUGGAUAUAAGCUAACUUCAUUCAAUCAAGUUGAUGACUAUGGCCAAGAUAAGUUAUGGAAAACACAAAGACAGCUGCUUCCUAGGAAGAGAAAGAAUCAGAUCACCACGCUAGUUGAGGACGUUCUUAAGAAUUCAAACUAUGAAACAUACAGUGCGAGGGCACGAGAUUCCUUGGCCAGCUGGACUCCUGAUUGCAUUGGGUUUAAUCUCAUCGAGGCUGUGUUAUGUCAUAUAUGUCGGAAGGAGGGACCAGGUGCUGUUUUAGUUUUCAUGACAGGCUGGGAUGAUAUCAGUUGCUUGAGGGACCAACUUAAGGCCCACCCUCUGUUAGGAGAUCCAAACAGGAUUUUGGUUCUCACUUGUCAUGGGUCAAUGGCCACAUCUGAGCAAAAGCUCAUAUUUCAAAAGCCACCUCCCAAUGUACGCAAGAUAGUUCUUGCAACAAACAUGGCUGAAGCAAGUAUUACAAUUAAUGAUGUUGUUUUUGUGGUUGACUGUGGCAAAGCAAAGGAGACCACAUACGAUGCUUUAAACAAUACACCAUGCUUGCUGCCUUCCUGGAUUUCUAAAGCUUCGGCGCGACAAAGAAGAGGUCGAGCAGGUCGUGUUCAACCUGGAGAAUGCUAUCAUCUCUAUCCUAAAUGUGUUUAUGAUGCCUUUGCAGAUUACCAGCUUCCCGAACUUCUGAGAACUCCUUUAAACUCCUUAUGCCUGCAAAUAAAAAGCUUGCAGCUUGGUUCUAUAACGCAGUUUUUGUCAGCUUCAAUGCAGCCUCCAGAGCCGUUGGCUGUGCAAAAUGCAGUUGAGUUCUUAAAGAUGAUAAGUGCAUUAGAUGAGAAUGAAAAUCUUACAAAUCUUGGAAGAUACCUCUCAAUGCUUCCUGUUGAUCCAAAGCUAGGCAAGAUGCUUAUUAUGGGUGCUGUGUUUCGCUGCUUUGAUCCUGUUCUCACAGUAGUGUCAGGAUUGAGCGCUAGGGACCCUUUUCUGCUUCCUCAAGACAAGAAGGAUUUGGCAGGAACAGCAAAAUCAAGAUUUUCUGCAAAGGAUUACAGCGACCAUAUGGCUCUUGUCCGCGCAUAUGAAGGAUGGAAAGAUGCUGACAGAGAAGGGUCUGCUUAUGAAUACUGUUGGAGAAACUUCCUUUCAUCCCAAACCUUGCAAGCUAUCCACUCAUUUCGAAAGCAAUUCAGUUUUAUUUUAAGAGAUGCUGGUUUGCUUGAAACAGAUGCCAGCACCUGUAACAGCUUGAGCCAUAACCAGUCACUUGUCCGUGCUAUCAUAUGCUCUGGACUCUUUCCUGGAAUAUCUUCUGUAGUGCAUAGAGAGAAAUCUCUUUCUUUCAAAACAAUGGAUGAUGGCCAGGUUCUACUUUAUGCUAACUCUGUGAAUGCAAAAUACCAAACCAUUCCGUACCCAUGGUUAGUAUUUGGUGAGAAAGUGAAAGUAAAUGCAGUCUUUAUUCGUGAUUCCACUGGUGUAUCAGAUUCUAUGUUGAUCCUGUUUGGUGGUGCUCUAAAAAAAGGAGAAAUGGCUGGACACUUAAAGAUGUUGGAUGGCUACAUCGACUUCUUCAUGGAUCCAAGUUUGGCGGAAUGCUAUUGGAAGCUCAAGGAGGAGCUUAAUACGAUCAUCCAAAAGAAGCUUGAAGACACCAGCUUGGAUAUCCAUAAGAUUGGCAAGUACUUGUUGCUUUCCAUUCAGGAGCUGGUCUCUGGGGACCUUUGUGAAGGGAGGUUUGUAUUUGGCCGAGAAACAAAACGGAUACGAACCUGCACUACCAGUGAAGACAGCACCAGCAAAUUCACAAAGGGUGGCACAAAUCCUAAAAGCCUUUUGCAGACAUUACUAAUGCGAGCAGGGCACACCCCUCCGAAGUACAAGACGAAGCAUCUGAAGACUAAUGAGUUCAGAGCUAUGGUGGAAUUCAAAGGGAUGCAGUUUGUGGGUAAGCCCAAAAGGAACAAGCAGCUGGCAGAAAGGGAUGCGGCCAUUGAGGCUCUUGAGUGGCUGACACACACCACUGCCGAUGAUAGUCAGCCCAAAGACGAUGAGGACUCGCCUCCUGAUAUUACUGAUAACAUGCUGAAGCUCCUUAAUAGGAGACGGCGGCGGCGGUGCUCGAGGCAGGGUUCAGGUUGAUUAUGACAACUAUUAUGGACAUGACAAGGUAUAUUAGAGUUUAGUGUUGGGACCUCCUGCGGGAUAGGGAAGUUGCGCAAAGGCAUGCUUUAUAAUCUUUGUCAAAGAUUGAGGCUUCGUUUGGGACGGCUUUAUUACUACUUCUUAAAGCAACUUUUUAAUACAAAAUUAUAAUUUAUAUACUAGAAAGGUGCUUUAAGAAGAAGAAAAAAAGCUGUCCCAAAUGAAGCCUGAUAUUAAAGUUUGCUGAUGCUCCAGAAAGCUGUUGCAGAUAGAGAAAAUGAAUACCAGUUCAUCUUUGUAAUCUAUCCAAAUUUGUCUGUUAGUGUAAAUUUUCAAAUGCAAUUUUGGUCGUCAAUGUAUUCUUCCAUUGGUUUACUGUUUUUGCUUUUUAAGAUGAUGUAUCCUUUAAUUAUUUUAAUGUUAAUUGAAGGCAAUUUUCAAUUUCGUUGUAAA